UAAACCUCCACUGCAUCCAACCAACACGACGAUUCGACGAUACAGGCGGUCCACCUUCAGUGGAAUCCGUUUCGUUGCAAAGCCUUGAAAGCCUUGAACCCUUGAUAUAUGAUAGCUCACAGUCAAGCACCACUUGAUCACUAGCUGUCAAUGAGAUCGUGCCUCACCCAAAACCUUAUUCAAAACCCACAUCAUGUCCUUUACCAGACUCCGAGCUCUGGCUCUCUAUAAAGAACUUCAUCGCCUUGGGAGAGAUUAUCCAGAUCCGUCCUACGACUUUCAUGGCAAGCUGAGAAGGUUAUACGAAAAGAACCGAAAUCUCACGGAUCCGGUUGAGAUUGAGAACGCGCUCAAAUUGGGGGAAUACAUCAAGAAUGAAACUCUUGCCCUCUACUCUUUGCGAAAAUACCGUCACCUGAAGAGGAUGUAUCCCGGCUCAACCUUCGAUCCACUUUCCUAAAAUCCCGUUUCCCACAUGAGACUGACGUGUCAUCACCCCGUCAGUUAGUCUGAAAUACACUCGACAGCGCAGGAGAGCACGCUAUGAUUGGCUGACUACAACUCAGAUACACUAGCACCUCACUAGCUCUUUGUAAAGGAGUAAAUAAUCUCAACAGAGAAGAACGUUUGUAUCUAGACCACACGCGAGCCGCAAAACAGCAAUCUAUACGUCAGAGCGGCCCGAAUAGGA